AUGCCCGUAUUCGGUAACAUGUUCCACAGGACGACGCCGGAGGAGGAGGUGCGCAAGUGGACGCGCAGUCUGCGCUCGGAGCAGCGCAAGAUCGAGCUUCAAAUCACCAAGAUCCGCCGCGAGGAGGCCAAGGUAAAACUGUCGAUGAAGCAGGCAGCAAAACAGAAUGACCAGGUGGUGAUGCGGAUGCUGGCGAAGGAGAUGAUUCGCUCUCGCAAGGCGGUGAACCGAAUGUACGCCUCGAAGGCGCAGAUGAACUCCGUGUCCAUGCAGUUGCAGAACCAGGCGAGUCAGAUGAAGAUGUCCGGCUCGCUCAAGAAGAGCGGUGAAAUAAUGAAAGAGAUGAACAGUCUCGUCAAGGUGAAGGAGGUUCAGCAGUCCAUGAUGGCAAUGAGCAAAGAAAUGGUCAAAGCAGGGCUGAUCGACGAGAUUAUGAACGACACGAUCGAUGAAGCACUGGACGACGACAUCAGCGAUACAGAGCUCGAGGACGAGGUGAACAAGGUGGUGAUGGACGUGGUUCAGGGUCAGAUGGACGGCGCACGCGUCGGUGCCUCUCGUAUCCCGGCACAGCAGCAGCAGCAGCAGGAGACUGCGGAGGAAGAAGAAGAUGAGCUCAUGGAGAAGCUCAAUGCGCUGCGCAACUCGUAA